UUGUUUUAGAUGUCUGUAAAAUGCAAAUUUUAAGUGAACCUCUUCCAGUUUUAAAUUCAGAUCAACUCGAAACUCGCAUUUUGCGCCAGAGGGCUUGGGACGACUGGUUCGAGGAGCACCAUCGACAAAAUGGACGCUGUUGGCGCAUCAUUGAUAUCAUCAAGUUACUCGUUCUGUUGGCAGUGUGGAUCUACCUGACUUUCGUCUUGGUGAGCUACAGUACUGAGUCGAAGGUAACCAAAACUGUCGUCACUGCGGUGCCAACGGAGAUUGUUUUAAGUAAGGUGAACCUGCUCCACGACUCCGUAAAGAUCACUCUCCGCGGACCCAUAGACGUCUAUCUCACGAGGAAUCCCAAAAAGGCAGAGUCCUUCGGGGCGGGUGUGCGCGUUGAGUACCGCGACUCCAGCUUAAAUACGACGUAUCGGCGCACGGACAUGUGGAAUAUUGCCCUGAACCUGAAAGCCAAGUAUAAUAAGGCGUCAAAGUUCUUCCAGAUUCCUGCUCCCGAUACAGCAGACAUCCAGGCCGUGGUCUCGUUGGAGGGCAAGAGUGACGCUCCCGUGGGCCUGCUGAUGGAAAUGGAGGGAAGAACGAUGUCCGAUAUGAUUGUGCUCUAUGCCGGCUUAUUGAUAAUCCUGCUAUAUUUGGUGAUAAUCACCGACGUCAUAGAUCGAACGCUUGUCGCGCUCCUUAUUGGUGCCAUCGGUAUAGCUGCCUUGGCCAUCCUCCAUGACCGGCUCAACAUGAUGACGAUCGUGUCCUUCAUUAAUUUCGAGACCCUGAUGCUGCUCUUCGGGCACAUGGCAAUCGUGGACCUGAUGGCGAACACUGGCGUCUUCGACUACCUGGUAGUUCUGGCCUACCAAAUAUCCAUGGGUCGGCCCUGGGCGAUCGUAUUCUUUCUGAGCCUGCUGACCGCCUUUCUCUCGGCCUUCCUGAACAGCGAUAACAUUGCCCUAGUACUGACCCCGGUGAUAAUCCGGCUGUGUGAGACGGCGGCCCUGCAGACGCAGUUCGUGCUGAUCAUAAUGGCCAUCUAUGGCAAUCUGGGUGGUGCUCUGACCCCGUUGGGCAAUCCCACGAAUGCAAUCGUCAGCAACCAUCCGGUUGCCGUGGCUAAUGGUGUGAAUUUUGUCAAUUAUACUGCUCGUAUGCUGCCCGGUGUGCUCGUCUCCAUGAUGGUGGUCUUUCCGUUACUAUAUUUGGUCCUGCGAAAGAGGAUGCUUCGGCCAGACCAACAUCAGCUGGAUGUGAUGGAGCAGAGGGAGCAUAAGUUGAUCUCACUGCCCGAUGAUGUCUUGGCCCGAAUAGCUCAGCGCCAGGCGAGGCAGCCGAGGAAGUGGUGGCUCAAGCCUGGCACCAACUACUACGAGACCUUGGAGAGGCUUAAGGACAGAUAUCCGAUACGGGACAAGCCGCUCCUCAUCAAAUGCUGCAUCGCCCUGACCUUCGCCUACCUGUGCAUGAUCCUGCACUCGAUUCGCGGAGUGGCCGAAGGUGCCACGUUGGGCUGGGUGAUCCUGGCGGCCGCCUUCCUGCUAAUUAUCCUGGACAACAAGAGCCACCUGGAUGGCACCCUGGCGAUUAUACAGUGGACGAUCCUGCUCUUUAUCGCAGGCCUCUUUAUUUUAACGGAAACGGUGGCACGGCUGGGACUUUUCAAGUGGCUAGGAGGAAGAGCCGCACGAGCUUUGUCGGCACAAGAAUCGCCGUAUCAGAGCAAGGUGGUCAUUCUACUGCUUAUUUGGGCAACCGCCGGCCUCUCGAUCUUUAUUGACAACUUGGUCGUUACCAACUUCAUGCUGGGCUUUUGCUUUGAGGUGACAGACAGAAAUGAUCUUCCGGUGCAGCCAAUGGUCUGGGCCAUAACAUUCGGCUCCUGUUUCGGUAGCAAUGGAUCCUUACUGGCAGCCUGGUCUAAUGUAAUCAUCGCUUGGACUGCCCGCAAGUUCGGCUACAAGAUCAGCUUUUGGCGAUUCUUCGUCAUCGGAUUUCCCAUCAUGCUCGUCACCUUGGUCAUAUGCACAGCCUAUCUCCUGAUUGACCAAGCUGUUACACUGGCAUUGAAACCUUUGCCCUCAGAUGUAAAAAUAUUAUACGAUUUCCUUCCUGACGAAUAAAUUUCUAUUCAUUAAU